AUGAAAGGAAUCAGGACAUUCGUGUUGCAGGAUCUUUCUCACGUUUUACCCACAAAAAGUUUCCAGAAAAAUCUCGUGCCAAGUUAUUACCUGUCGUCGUCGCAAGUGCACACAACAUCGUCGUCUCGUCGAUUUUGGAAUUUCUUCGACUUCUCGUGCAAAGAGGAGCCGGCCAGUCGCGACAAAAAGAAGUGUCUGCCUUCGAAUGGCAUCGUCUCGUCGUCCUUAUUCUCCAACGAUGCUCUGGAUGCCGUCUCGAAAUCCGUGCCGCCGAAUUCCGUGACCACGACCGUAACGUUCACGCCAAAAUACAUCAACGAUUCUCAAUUGGACCUGAAGGCAACGUCGAUGACAUGUUUAAAAAUCCAGGGUCUAAUGAAACAAGACAACUUGGUGUCUUUGCUGGAUGGAAAUCCUGUGCCAAGGACGCUGAAAUGGAAACUCAAAGGUUACAAGACUCUUCGAAACGAGCAGGCUGUUGACUUCGCCUUCGUUCCUGGCGCAAAGUCUUACGAGUGCGAUAUUCUACCGCGAAACGAAUACCACGAACACGAACAGUCAAAUCGUAGAAUGCUACCACGUCGGAAGAGCAUCUGUUCGGGGAUGGAAAACAGCGGUGAAAAUGACACGCUGUCCUUGACGACGAAAGCCAUCGAGAACAAGGCUAAGAUCGAGCGUGUGAAGAAAGUAGACGCUAAAGACGCUAAUAUGGUGGAAAAGGAAAGUAACCUGGAGCGUAAGAAUAUUUCAGACGUGGACAGACCAGCGAACGUUUCCAGUCAGGAGGCUUCAAGCUGCGAGUUGACGGCUCGCGCGCUUCAAAGCGCUGGCCCGAAGAAAGAGGAGAUAAAGUAUCUGCCGAUUUUGAAAUCGGAACUGUCAGCGGCAACGAGUCAGACGCAGCCAGUGGCUCGAUUUUGCUCGCGACCGCCAAAGAAAAUCCAGAAACCUGCAGCUCCGGUAUUAAACCGAACGGAGAAAGAGGCUGAUAGCGCGAAAGACGUUUCUUCGAUGGAACUCGACGAAGAAAAGAAAGCUGCCGCGUUUCAGGAGAAACAGGCUUCUUCCCUUUCGAAACCGUCGGCUCCGGGGUACUCGGAAGUCACCGGAAGCGCGUCGCAGCGGCGCUCUAUGGGAAACCGUGGAGAAGAAAGAUAUCCAAUGGAAGAUGAAGCGAAGGCUCGAGAAACGGAGAAUGACACGAGUGCUUUUCAAUCGUCCGCGAAGAUGUCGCGAACUGAACCGACGGAAUUCGCCAGAGAUUUCGCAGAAACGUCGGAGAAGAGGCAAGCUGCGUCACGAACGUCCACCUAUUUCGCUCCAAGAGCUUCCGGAGGUUCCAGUCACGGCUGGAACAGGCAAUCGUCCAAGACCCAGGGUAACCGUACGUUCGAGUCGAUAAUUGGAAUACCAGAGAACACGACCGCGCCGUUGAAGUUAAGCAGACGAAACGAGGGACAAGGAGUGAAGUCGUCGCCGUGCGCCGCCACGCAAGUCAGAUUGCAGCAAAACGAAGGCAGAAGCGUAUCGAACUCGCGAACGAAUUCCUCCGGCAACGGUAGGUCGUCGAUGGCCGGAAGUUCGGACGGGGGCUCUCGAAAACCACCGGCUUCGUUCGCCCCGUUUACGACCAGAAGAUCUUCCUCGAAUUCCUCUUGUUUAUCGAGGAAGCCGGCGGUGUCGAAGAGGACUGGCAACGGAGCGAAAAGCGCGUUCAACUCGAACAACUCGCUGAAUAUUUCCACUUGCAGCGUGAAUGCAGCGAGGAAAUGUCGCGAUAACGACGCCAGAUGCCCGAGAGCGAGGAAGUGCGAGCAAGAGAGGCCGAGGAGUAAAAAGGAUAAAAAGAUUUGCAAACGUUAUUGCUGUCCUGCGUUGCAGACGCCGACCCAGUGCGAUUAUAGCAGGUUCCAAUGCCCGAAACACAAGAUUAAAAAUGCCACUCAGAUAGAGAAAUACGAGGUGAAGAAAGAUCCCACGUGCAUGCCGAAUGAGACGGAUGAACAGUCGAGAGAGUUUUGCACGACUAUGGAGAGGAGCAGGCCUUCUGAUCGGGAUUGCAAGAGGCAAACAGAGAGGAAAUGCAGCAGAGAGAGGAGAGAUCGAAGCUGCGAUAGGAGACGAAGAAGAUCCUGCGAGCGAGAAGAGCGACGAGAUUGCUCCAGACAAGAGGAGGGUCGUACGAUCUGCACGAAGCCGAGGAAAAGAGAUACAUCGUGCAAACGUCGAAGGAAAUGCAACGAUCGCGACUGCGACAGAAGAUCGGCGAAAUGCACCGGCAGGAGAAACUACACCCAGUCGGCAUUUUCAAAUCAUUCGACGAACGUGCCGAAGAACGUGAAACGCUAUUCCUCUUUGCCAGCCUUCGCCUUCCCUCUGAUCACUAUGAAAAACAGUAAAGAGGCGAGGCAGAGCUUGUUCGUUUCGCCGUCUGUAUGCAAAUUUCUGCGAUCGCCGCUGGUUCGUUCGAAAAGCGACGACAAAUGCAAGAAGCCAUCGACCAAGUGCAAGCUGACAGGUGGCAAAGACGAGGACAAGUGCAAGAGGCCGUCUGCAAAGUGCAAGCUGAACGCUGACGCCAAAUGUAAAAAGGUGGACAGUUGCAGGAAAGAGAGCACUAAAUGUAAAAAAGAGGAUCCAUGCAAAAGAUUGAGGGGGACCUGCGAGAAGGAGAAGGAGGAUCCUUGCAAGAAAACAAGAGGAACCUGUGAAAAGAAGAAGGAAGAUCCGUGCAAGAAGGUGAGAGCUACUUGCGGGAAGAGAGAAGAUCCUUGCAAAAGGACGAGGACUACCUGUGGCAAGAGAGAAGAUCCUUGCAAAAAGAGGACAAGCUGCGGUCCAGAAGUAAAGAAAGUGGAGGAUCCUUGCGAGAGAGUAAGAUCAGCCUCCGAGAAGAAGGAUGAUCCUUGCAAAAAAGCCAGCAGACCCAGCUGUUCCGCCAAGAGCGAUCCUUGCAAACCAUCUGACAAGCUAAAAUGCAGUGCUGUGAAGGAUACCAAGUGUACAUUGGAAGAUUCCUGCUUGAAAAAGAGAGAACAACUGUGCCAAGGUGACUUGGGAGCUACCACAAAACGUUAUGUUCCACAAAUCUUAGUAUUAUUCUACACGAUCAUCCAUAGAAGUUCCCAAAGAUGCAUGGCAUCGUCCACAACCGCUGAGUCGGCGAAAGAGAGGCUGGAUAGAGAACGAAAGGAGGUAGAGGAGUGUAAGAAGCACAUUAAGAAAAACCACCACAAGAAGAAGAAGGAAUCUGCGACUGGUUUAAAGUGUGCCACCAACCCUUGCAAACAACAGCUGAAGGACUCUCAGUCAAAGUUCGCGUCCAUUGACUUACCCUUACAAAGCUUCGUGAACGUUAUAUCGAACACGUGUAUGAGCCAAGGCAGCAAUUUGGUAAAUCUUCCGCGGGAUCGAUCGUAUUCCAUCUUGAACUCCGUGAAUCAUGACGAAGUCAAUAGGGAAACGGAUUCGCCAGAGCCCACCAGGAAUUUUUGGAGCUUCAACGAUGAAAACCUGGAGCCAGUGAUUACACCUUCGAUGGAUAAUACAUCUCAAGAUAAUGCACCAGUAGAGGAUUCUCAUUCGGGAUCGACAUCAAACUGGCUCUUUUCGUGGCUCAACUGUAAAUAUUGAAACUAUUCGCUGGCUUGUCGACGAGACGAUAAUCUAUCAAUUUCAAAUCAUAUCAAUCGUAUCGAUAAUCAAUUUUUAAAUCUACUUUAUUCGUAUUUGAAUGUUGUUUUAGAAUGGUCUUGGAAAAAAGCCAGACUGGCAAACCUAUGCGCAAAACAUAUAUCUACAUUGUAUAUUAAAACCAUAUUUUACGUGUACCUUCGUAUAUGAAAAGGCAAAAUUAUAGCGUAUGCAAAAUCAAAGUUAUACGAAAUGCUACUUAUUUGGAGCGAAUAAAAGGUAAUUACUUGUUUUAUUUCUUACAGACGAGAAAACGUUAAAAUUUCGUUAAGCUGUCUAAUGUC